AUGGAGAAAGUCAACCACACUGCAAAGACCCAGGUUACUGAGUUUAUUCUCUUAGGACUCACAAACAGCCCCAGCCUCAAGGCACCACUCUUUGGAAUAUUUUUAAUCAUAUACUUGAUCCCACUGAUGGGCAAUCUGGGCAUGGUUAUUCUGACUCAUUUGGAAUCUAAACUUCAUACUCCUAUGUACUUUUUCCUGAGACAGUUAUCAAUCGCUGAUCUUGGUUACUCCACAGUUAUAGGUCCAAAAAUAGUGAUAAGAUUUGUUUUGCAACACAGUACCAUUUCUUACACUUGGUUUGCUGUACAAUUGACAUCCUUUGAGAUUUUCAUCAUCACUCAACUAUUUAUCCUUUCAACUACGGCCUAUGAUCACUAUGUAGCCAUCUGCAAACCUCUUCUCUAUGUGAUCAUCAUGUCAGGGAAAGUACGUUGGGCACUGGUACUGGUACCCUAUCUCUACAGCAUAUAUGUCUUCCUGAUGGCAUUGAUUCACACUCUUCUCACCUUCUGCCUGUGCUAUUGUCAUUCCAAUAUCAUCAAUCACUUCUACUGUGAUGACAUGCCUCUUCUCAGACUAACUUGCUCAGACACUCACUACAAACAGCUCUCUAUUUUGGCCUGUGCUAGAAUCACAUCCAUUUCUUCUGUUCUGAUUGUUUCUAUCUCCUACAUGUUCAUUUUUUCUGCCAUUCUUAGGAUACACUCAGUUGAAGGAAGACGCAAAGCCUUUUCUACCUGCAGCUCCCAUAUGAUGGCUGUAAGCAUCUUCUAUGGAACUCUUAUCUUUAUGUACUUACAGCCAAGUUCUGACCACUCUCUUGAUACAGAUAAGAUGGCCUCUGUCUUCUACACAGUGAUCAUCCCCAUGUUGAACCCCUUGAUCUAUAACCUCAGGAACAAGGAUGUGAAAGAUGCCCUGAAGAAAGUCAUCAACAGUAGAAACUGGACUUCUGUGUUUAGAGAACUAAGAAAAGAUUUUUAA